AUAGGGGUUUCCCUGAAGAUUUAUCAUGCGUUUGGCGGUGACAUAGUUCUUUCAACCAUGUCCGACUUGGAUCGCAGCUGCAAAGAAUGACUGGUCACGACCGCAUUCGAUGGCUGGAUGGCCUUCGCGGCAUCGCGGCGGCGAUUGUGGCCUUUGACCACUACUUCAUGAGCGAUGUCUGGCAUCCUUUCGUCUCCUUCUGGGCGGAUCCCCCCGAGGCCAAUCGUCAUUGGGUGCAACUCCCCCCUGUCCGCAUUCUCUUCUCCGCCCAUUCCAUGGUGACUCUGUUCAUGGUGAUAUCUGGAUUCGCCAUCUCCGUCAGCCUGUUGAAGGCCCGCCACAGCCCGCAGUUUCUGCCCCGAGUGACUUCCGCCAUGGUGCGGCGCCUCUUUCGCAUCUACCUGCCGGUCGUCGUGUUGGCCACGUUGAGCCAGUUCUUAUUCUUCUUCGAUCUGUACCACUGGGAGUUUGACGACGGAUUUCUCGACGGCCUUCAGCCCUGGACCGAUCCGUGGGCCCACAUCCAGUGGCUCUGCGGCUAUAUGGCGGACAGCAUGAACGUCAUCGCGUUCGAGUACCGGGGAGGCCUGAACGGACAACUCUGGACCAUGCCGCUAGAAUUCCGGGGAUCUAACGUGGUGUAUCUGCUGACCAUCGGCCUGUCGGCGUGGCGUCCUAAACUCCGGUUAUGGGCCCUCCCCUUGCUGGCGGGUUUCUUCCUCUGGGCCGGCAACUGGGACAUCUUCGGCUUCAUCUGGGGCUUGUGGCUCGCGGAGCGGACGAUCGGCUCUGCUCCUCGGAUGGACACAUCCCCAGAAAAUGAUUGCGACGACGAGGAGAAGUGGCCCCGACACAGAUGUGCCGCCACGCGAUGCAGGCUCCGUUCCGCACGGCGAAAGCUCUUCACUCUGUCGCGCCUCCUCACCGUCAUCGCAUUCACGAUCGGGGUUUACCUCCUCUGCCUCGGCAGCGACGGGCAAUUGCCCCCGGGCUACCAAUUUCUGGCCUGCCUCCAUCCCGCGAAGUGGAAAGACCGAUGGGACAUCUACCAGUGGUGCUGGAAAUCCGUCGGCGCCGCAUGUCUGGUCUAUGCGAUCGCCCAAUCUCCGCUGCUGCAAUCUCCCCUCCACACCCGACCGGUGCAGUAUCUGGGCAAGAUCUCGUUUUCACUGUAUCUGCUGCACGAGACUAUCUAUCAGUUGUGGCGCAAUCCGCUGCGCGACUUGGUGUAUCUGAUGGCGAGUGGCCAUCCGUAUGUGACCAGCGCCGAGGCAUUGCGAGCCGAUGCGUUCGCCUUCCACGUCGCAUGGUGGGUGUCGGGGAUAAUACUGGGGACGGUGGUGCUAUUCGCGUCGCAUUACUACACUAUCUAUGUGGAUAAUAAAUGCGUCGCUUUGGCUAAGCGGCUGGAGCGAUGGGUGACUUCUUGAUGUUAGAUGCGAUACUAGAUCUCCACCACUUUCGAACCGAGUGGAUGAGCACUGCACCUCAAAUUCUCCCUCGCCAUUACGAAUCACGGCAGUGA